AUGAAAAGAGAAUCACACAAGCAAAGCAAGUUUAAGCAUUACAUUUCAACUCCUGUAGGAAUUCUAAAGAAGGCAAAGGAUUUAUACGUCAAUGGGUUAUUGGCUUGUUCCGGAAGAAUUGCUGCCUCUGCACCCGCUCAUAUUUCAGUUUCACACCUCCCUGCAGACACUGCUAAAGAAAAUAGUGGUGAAAGACAGUCACUGAGAGAGAUUUUCAGAACCGCGCCGAUCAAUGAAACGAGAUUCGUGAUAAAUGGGGAAAGAGUAGUGCCGAUAAGAAAUACUAUAGGGAGUGAAAUGGUCAUGCAAAGAAGGCAAAGGCAAGGGAUCGCGGGGUAUAAGUAUAAUAGAAAUAAAAUGAGUUAUCAGACUGAGGUGAGAAAAAUGGGAAGAAUCGAUGAAGAUAAACCUUGUUGUUUUGAGGAAGAUGAAAGUGAUCAUUCUAUUUCCAAGGGAAAUUUAGUGUAUCUGUAUCCAAGAAGUAGAAGGAUCAAUAGUGUUGUCAAACUGCCACCACUCUAA